UUAAAAAUUUCCCUAAAAUUCUCUCCCAGAACAGCGCCAUCCUUAAUUACCCCGUCGUCCGUCGUCGCGUCUUCGUCUCCGCCUCUCCUUCCGUCGCGUCGCAAGGGCAAGAGGGACCUGCCCAAUUGAGGUGAAUUGCUUUGAGGUUUUCUGGUUUGCUGCUGUAUGGUGCAUCUAGGUUUUUACAAAGGUGGCGAUUUGGUUAGGCCGAUUUUAGUGCAGUAUCACUGAAUAUUGUGACGUGGGGAAGAAGCGAUGCUUUCAGGACUUAAGUUCAUACCGCGGGAUCAAAUCAACGAGGAAAAGGAGGAUAUUGCCCACAAUUCCAGAAAAAGCAAGAGUAAGUCUGCUUAUAGAAAAGAAAAGAGGGGGGCAAAAUCUAAGCGUUCACAUUAUAGCAGUUCUGAUGAUGAAGGUCCUCAGAAAAUAAAUGACUCUAGGAAGAAAAAGAGGUGGUAUGACUCGGAAGAGGAUUUAUCUUCACAAUCAGGAGAAAGUGGCAGCCUAAGUGAUCCAGAACAUGGAAAGAAGAAACACACGAGUGGGAGACGAGAGAAGAAAAGACAUGAUGGUAACUCAGGUAGUGAGUAUAAAAGCCGCUCAAAGAAGAAGGGAAAGUCUAAAAGAAAAGAGUAUUCCUCAGAUAAUGAAUCUUCGAGUGCUUCAGAAAGUGAAAAGUCGAUGAGGGAUGAAGGUAAAGGAUCAGAACCACAGAACUCCAAUAGCACUUUGAGGAAAGAAAUGGGUUUGGAUUGGAUGCUUCAGCCAAAAGACAAUUCAGAGAGGAUUUCUGAUAAGUCUUCACACAUUGAGCCAGUGGAAGCUCCUGCUGAAGAGUUAAAGAAGGAUAAUCCUAGGGAACUAAAUCCAUAUCUGAAAGAUAAUGGGAGUGGUUAUCCCGAAGAGUCUGAUGAAGCUCGGGACAAACAGCUUUUAUCUACUGUUGUUGUUGGUGAUGGUGGUGCUAGUUGGAGGCUUAAAGCUUUGAAAAGGGCCCAAGAGCAAGCAGCCCGUGAGGGAAGACAACUUCAGGAGGUUGUUGAAGAGAGGUGGGGUUCGAUGGGGCAUUUUGCUGCUUCUGUAGCAUCUCGUGGUGUUGCCCCAACUCAUGCUCAUCUUCAAGCCAUUAAAAGCAGGAGGAGAGGAUGGUCGGUGGAUGAUCAGAAAAGUGUGGUUGAAGAAAAUGACGAGACCGAGAAGAAUUUUGAAAAGAGAAGUGUUGAGGAAUCACGCCGACAGAAUUACAAAAUGAGAGUGCCAAAAAACAAUGAUACACUAUCUUGGGGAAAGAGGGAAAAUAAAAAACUGUCAGCCGAGGAUAGUGCUCUAGUCUCUGUUGCACUGUCCAGUUUAAAUAAGUUCUCAAAUGAUGGAAACUUCAUGGACAAAUUUAUCGGUCAAAAUAAGGGUAAUUCUGGUGAUGUUGGCACUUCGUCGGAUCAAAAAGAAAGAUCAGACUUGGAAUCCCCUGGAUCUGCAUUAGAAGACACCAGAGAGAAUUCCGGAACAGUGAAACCAGCAAUGAGUGCAAACCAGCUGGCUGCCAAAGCCUUGCAACUUCGGAUGAAAGGGAAUCAUGAGGGAGCAGAAAUAUUAUUGAAAGAAGCCGAGAAAAUCAAAGAAAAGCAGAAUGUUGACAAUGAAUUUAGUAAACCCCGAAUUGAUGGGACAAGAAGCAGGCUUAUUAUGCACGAUGUCUCUGCUAAACAAAAAAGGAAAGAGGAUGAUGCUGAUCUGCAUCUCGCCCAAAAGAUCAUGCAUAAUCAUCGGUACAACACAUCUAAUCAGGCAGAUGAAGAAUAUGAUUACGAUGAUGCUCCUAGGAAAAGGAAUCGGAAGAAAGGGGGAGAUGGAAAUAAAAAGUCAUCGUCUGAGAUGGUUAAUCAUGCAAACCGGUUCUUAACCCAGCAGGAGCGCUGCCAAUUCUGCUUCAAGAAUCCUUCAAGACCCAAGCAUCUGGUUGUCGCCAUUGCAAACUUCACCUACUUGUCAUUGCCUCAACAGCAGCCCGUGGUUCCCGGACAUUGUUGCAUUUUAACCUUGCAGCAUGAGUCUUCCACAAGAACUGUCGAUGAUAAUGUCUGGGAUGAAAUUCGGAACUUCAAGAAAUGCUUGAUAAUGAUGUUUGCGAAGCAGGAAAUGGACGUAGUGUUCCUCGAGACGGUAAUGGGGCUGGCGCAACAAAGACGCCACUGUAUGGUUGAAUGCAUCCCAUUGCCACAACACGUCGCAAAACAGGCUCCCGUUUACUUCAAAAAGGCAAUCGACGAGGCUGAAGAUGAAUGGAGUCAGCACAAUGCGAAGAAGCUGAUCGACACUAGCGAAAAGGGUCUCAGAAGUUCAAUCCCGAAGAAUUUCCCUUACUUCCACAUCGAAUUUGGACUGAAGAGGGGAUUCGUUCAUGUGAUAGAUGACGAAAGACAGUUCAAAAGCAGCUUUGGGCACAAUGUGGUCCGAGGCAUGCUGCAACUGCCGGCUGAGGACAUGAACCGGCGCAGCAGCCGGAGAUAUGAGUCGGUAGAGAUACAAAAGCAGGCGGUUUCCAGUUUUGCGCGCGACUGGGAGCCUUUCGACUGGACCAAGCAACUGGAUUAGCUGUGUUUCUCCGUUUAGUAUCGAGUUUCGGUUUACUGUAUGAGCUUGAGCUAUUAUUUUGUGCUAUUAUCAUGUUCGGUAAGCAUUACUAUUAUAUUACCAUUCAAUUUUGUGUUGAGAUCGAUUAUGAUGUAUAUAUAUAUAUGUUGUGUA